AUGAAGAAGCCGACUCUUUCUUUCAUUUACCUGGGAGCUUUUCUUACGGGGGCUGUAGCGUUUAGCAAGCCUCGAGCCCUCGUUUCGGACUCGGUCCAAUUAACACAGGAUGAUAUUGGCGAUUUCGCGGCCAUAAACUUCGGCGAUGAGACAGCUGCAUCGCCCGCAGACGCCAACGUCCCUGGUUGCAAAAUAUUCCCAGGCGAUGAAGAUUGGCCUUCCGAUACGGAGUGGACGCGGUUGAAUAGGACCCUUGGUGGUGCUCUGCUAAAGCCGAAGCCCGCUGCUGCUGUCUGUUACCAAGGUGCCGAUUUUAACCAAGACCAAUGCCAGCUCCUACUCCGAAACACGUCUUUCUCGACCUUCUGGCUUGAUGAACCACUUGUUUCAUUGACGGAAUGGUCUCAAGGUGGCACAUGUCCGCUAGCCCUGAACCCUCAGGGUAAUUGUACUCGCGGAGGAUUUCCCGAAUACGUCGUCAAUGCUACAAGCGUGAAGCAUAUCCAGGCUGCUGUUAACUUUGCUAGGAACAAGCACAUCCGACUUGUAAUUAAGAACACUGGACAUGACUUCGGAGGAAGAUCGGUGGGAGCGGGGUCGCUCAGUAUCUGGACACACCAUCUCAAGGAGAUGGAGUUCAUCCCCUCGUAUCGGGUUGGGCCAUAUAGGGGGAAAGCCGUUCAACUCGGCGCUGGUGUUCAAUCAUGGGAAGCCCACAAUCUCAUGGCGGCUUACAACGUAACUGUUGUCUCGCCCGGUUUCGGUACCGUGGGAGCGGUUGGCGGUUGGAUGUCCUCAGGAGGCCACACUUAUAUUGUUUCUAAGUAUGGUCUCGGUGCAGACCAAGUGCUUUCUCUCGGAGUUGUGACUGCCGCUGGGAGAUAUGUAACCGCUGAUCCGUACACUAACUCCGACCUAUUUUUCGCACUCCGUGGAGGCGGUGGAGGAACUUAUGGUGUAGUUACCUCCGCCAUCUUCAAGGCAUACCCACCCGUCAAUAUGACACCGUCGGCUCUUAAUCUCAUGCUUUCACCACAGCCUCCUCCGAACACAACAAUGCCUAUCCCUGGUCUAAUCACUAACGCCGAAAAAUUUUGGCAGGGUGUUGGCGCAUAUUAUAGAUUUGCGGCGAAAGUCCUCGAUGCAGGCGGUUAUGGUUUCAGUUACAUCUACCCGAUGCCAAACAACAGCUACAUGUUCACGACCACGUCUCAAUUCCCCGCAUUCACACAGGCGGAGGUCUUUGAGUUUAUGAAGCCUCUGUACACGGACCUCAAUCGUAUCGGCAUCAACGUCACCAACCCCGCAAUCCUCUUCACCAUGCCCUACGGCUUACCAGGCCGCGGGUCCGGGUCACCACCAAGUAACACACGAUACCGGUCGCGUCUCCUCCCGCGAGAGAACUGGGAAGACGACGACCUGUGGAAUCAGACCAUGAAAGCUAUUCGCACAGCCACCGAAGCCGGUUUCGAGAAUAAUUUCUAUUUCCACGGCACCCUCGCAUCGCCGACGGCCGAAGCCGCGGGCUGGCCUGGCUCCCAAAGUGCAGUAAAUCCCGCAUGGAGAAAUAAUCGCAUGCACGCGAUGCUCAUGGACCAGACGCCGCUACAGUCGACCGACCGCGAUACUUUGAUGCAGGGUUAUAUGGAUCUAUUACGCGGGGUCUCGCCUAAUGCCGGUUCUUAUAUGAACGAGGGUGAUCCCGGGGAGCCGAAUUGGCAACAGGCGUUCUACGGGAGCCACUACCCGCGAUUACUUAGGAUUAAGCGCUCGCGUGAUCCGUGGGGUUUAUUUUGGGCGCCGACGACGGUGGGGAGUGAGGGUUGGGCCGUGCGUCCUGCUGAUGGCGUAUAUGCAGGGUCCCAAAAUGGACGACUAUGUAGAACUAGAGGCGUCGAUGAGUAG